AUGGCCACUCGUAUCCUAUAUGAUAAACUAAUGACUCAGAUUCUUGCUUUAGAAUCUCUCGGCGUGACGCAAGAUAAGUAUGCCGCCUUUUUAUUUCCAAUGGUGGAAUCUGCACUGCCGGAAGACAUAUUACGCGCAUGGAACAGAUGUCAGGCGAACGUCGCGACUAACGAUAAAGAAAAGAGUCAGCUGACACAAUUGUUACAUUUUGUUCGUAAGGAAGUUGAAUCUGAAGAAAAAAUUAAUUUAUCACGAGGAGGUUUUUCUAGCGUGGAUCCAAAUCCUGUAAUUCCGUCAGCAAGUUUUUUAAGUACAGCUGUCAGAAACAAAGAGAAAAAUGUCGUGCAUACUAAAAAUGAAAUAAGAGAAUGUGUAUGGUGCGAUAAACCCACGCAUAAUAGUUCUGAAUGUAAAAGACCUAUUAAAUGGGAUUUAGAAGAAAAGAAAGAUUUUCUGAAAAAGAAGAAUACAUGUUUGAUAUGUCUAAAAAUUGGACAUCAUGCAAAAAAAUGUAGAAAAUAUCCCAAAUGCAUUGUUUGUGAAAAAAGACAUUAUCCCAUUAUGUGUGCCGAAUUACCUAAGAUUUCAAAGAAGGCAGAAGAUCAAGUACUUAAACAGUCUAUAAAACCGAGUACAGUUUUAUUGCAAACUGUCAAACUAAAUUUAGUAUACAAAGAGAAAACCAUUACAGUGAGAGCCCUUUUGGAUUCAGGUGCUCAACGCUCUUUUAUAAGGUCAGAUGCAAUCGAGAAAUUGAAUAUUAAACCUACAGGUAAUGAACACUUAAGGCACAAUUUGUUCGGCGGAGUAGUGACUAAAUUAAAAAAUCAUAGAUUAUUUAUAUUAAAUUGCAAAAGCCUCAAUAGUAAGUAUGAAAUUCAAAUAGAGACACUUGAGCAGAGGAAAAUAUGCGAUAAUUUGCCAAAGAUAAAGUCAGGCUCACUUUUGUCACAACUACAGGAUAAAGGUAUUGAGAUCACUGAUUGUAUUAAUGAAGUGACAGAGAUUUCUUUAUUAAUUGGUUCUGAUGUUUUAGGUUCGUUGUACACUGGGCGAUCAGAACAUGUAAGUGACAAUUUGGUGGCGAUCGAGACAAAAUUUGGUUGGGUAAUUCAGGGAUCUACUUCUGGUACGUAUUGUAAUUUUACUUCAAUACACGCUUGUUCAUUUGAUAUUGAUGACCUGUGGAAACUUGAAUCAAUAGGUAUAAAAGAUGAGGCGCAGGUUAAAAGUUCUCGGAAGCGUGAGGAAGAAGUUGAGAAUUUUUUUUAG